AGCCACCCAUGACAUGAGCAGAUACAAUUUGGCUUCUUAAUAAACCAUCUCAACGACUACACAAUUUGUCACCAAACUAAAUCCUAGUAUUCCUCAAAAAACAUCAUCAUCUAAACAUUAUUGUUACACAUUUAUGGCUUUCCUAAGUCAUAACAUAAAUCACUUGUUCAUUACUUUCCUCAUAUUUUGUACCUUUUAUUCAUGUUAUAGUUCAGCCAACGACACAAUUACAUCAUCCAAAUCACUCAAUGACCAAGGGACAAUAACCUCAAACAACACAAAUUUUAACCUAGGAUUUUUCAGUCCAAUAAAUUCAACAAACCGUUACCUAGGAAUUUGGUACAUCAAUGAAACCAACAACAUAUGGAUUGCAAACAGAGAUCAGCCUCUUAAAGAUUCAUCAGGAUUAGUCACAAUUGACAAAUAUGGUAAUCUUGUAAUAUUGAACAGUCAAAAUGGUAUCAUCAUUUGGACAACAAAUAUUUCAAAUAUUUCAAGAAAUUCAACAGCUCAACUUAAUGAUUUAGGAAACUUGAUUCUAAGAGACAUCAAUUCUGGAGAAACAAUUUGGGAUAGUUUCUCACACCCUACAGAUGCAGGUGUUCCAACCAUGAGAAUUGCUGCGAACAAAGUAACACAUGAGAAAAUAGCUUUUGUAUCAUGGAAAAGUGAAAAUGAUCCUUCUUCAGGACAUUUUUCAGCUAGUCUUGAAAGAUUGGAUGCACCAGAAAUUUUUAUUUGGCAUGAUAAAAAUAUUCAUUGGAGAACUGGUCCAUGGAAUGGAACGGUUUUUCUCGGAUCGCCAAGAAUGUUAACGGAGUAUUUAUUCGGUUGGGCAUUAAAUCCCGAUGAUGGUGAUGGAACUGCUUAUUUAACUUACGAUUUCGCCGACAAAACUAAGUUUGGAAUUCUCUCAUUGACAUACCAUGGAACACUUAAGUUGGUUGAGUAUAUUAAUAAAACAGAAUUUCUUAGUUUUGAGAUUGAUCAAAAUGAGUGUGACUUUUACGGAAAAUGUGGGCCAUUUGGGAGUUGUGAUAAUUCUAGUGUACCAAUUUGUAGUUGUUUUGAAGGGUUUGAGCCAAAGAAUUUGGUGGAAUGGAGUUUAAGUAAUUGGACUAAUGGUUGUGUGAGGAAAAAAGGAUUUAACUUGAAGUGUGAGAUUUUGAAGAAUGGAUCAAGUGAUGUUAAACAAGAUGGUUUUUCUGUGAAACAUAAUAUGAAAGUUCCAGAUUUUAUUGAAAGAUCAGUUGGUAAUCAAAAUCAGUGUGAAACAGAUUGUUUGGAAAAUUGUUCUUGUUUGGCACAUGCAUAUGAUCCUUAUAUAGGUUGUAUGUAUUGGAGUGGAGAUUUAAUUGAUUUGCAGAAAUUUUCUUACGGAGGAGUUGAUCUCUUCAUUCGUGUACCGGCAGAACUAGCUACAGUUGCAGAUAAUAAAAAGAAAAAAGGGCUCAACAAGAGUUUAAUAAUCAUUCCUAUUGUUGGAGGGAUAGGAGCACUUACAUUUGUUAUAUGUGCUUAUCUUUUGUGGAGGAAGUGUUCUGCUAGACAUAAAGAAGGACAGCCUCAAAACUCGAUUAUGAGAGGACAAAAACAAAUGAAAUUGGAUGAACUACCACUAUAUGAUUUUAAAAAGCUCGAAACUGCCACAAACAAUUUUCACAUUGAUAACAUGCUUGGGAAGGGAGGUUUUGGCCCAGUAUACAAGGGAAUAAUGGAAGAUGGCCACGAAAUUGCGGUGAAAAGACUCUCAAAAGCAUCUGGACAAGGAAUAGAAGAAUUCAUGAAUGAAGUAUUAGUGAUUUCAAAACUUCAACAUCGCAAUCUUGUAAGACUUAUGGGUUGUUGCGUUGAAAGGGGCGAGCAAAUGUUGGUUUAUGAGUUCAUGCCAAAUAAGAGUUUGGAUGCCUUUCUCUUUGAUCCACUACAAAAGAGAAUUUUAGAUUGGAGAAAGAGAUCAAACAUAAUCGAAGGAAUAGCUCGAGGUAUACUCUAUCUUCAUAGAGACUCGAGACUAAGGAUCAUACAUAGAGAUUUGAAAGCAAGCAACAUCUUACUUGAUGGUAACAUGAUUCCAAAAAUAUCAGACUUUGGUUUAGCUAGAAUUGUUAAAGGUGGAGAAGAAGAUGAUGAAGCUAACACAAAGAGAGUUGUUGGAACAUAUGGUUAUAUGCCGCCUGAAUAUGCAAUGGAGGGACUUUUCUCUGAGAAAUCAGAUGUCUAUAGUUUUGGGGUUUUAUUGCUAGAGAUUGUUAGCGGAAGGAGAAAUAGUAGCUUUUAUCACCACGAGGAUUCUCUUAGUCUUGUAGGCUUUGCAUGGAAGCUAUGGUUAGAGGACAACAUUAGAUCUCUAAUAGAUCCAGAAGUAUGGGAUCCAUGCUUUGAGAGCAGCAUGUUGAGGUGCAUACACAUAGGACUUCUAUGUGUGCAAGAACUUCCAAGAGAAAGACCAAAUAUAUCAACUGUUGUUUUGAUGCUUAUAAGUGAGAUUACACAUCUUCCUCCUCCAGGGAAAGUUGCAUUUGUUUACAAGCAAAAUCCAAGAAGUACACAAUCUUCUCAAAAAAGUCAUCAAUCUACCUCAAACAACAAUGUAACUCUGAGUGAAGUUCAAGGCAGAUAAACUAAUAUGCCUAUGGUGAUUUGGUGUUAAUGGCCAAACCGAAACAAUUGGGUUACAACUAAGUAACAGAACAAGGAAACUUCUAUACUGUUCGGACUAAAUUUGUGAUGCAUGCUAUGUUCUUAUUGAUGUUUAUAGAUGGGACCAGCUGUGAUAGAUGAGUUAAUUUGGGUCCAUCGAUUCAAAUAUUGAGAUUUUAUGUUUUCUUUUUUUGUUACUAUGAUAUAGGUACGAAGUUUUCAUCAUUGUUAAAGAUGACUAAUCUCCAACGAGAAAUAUGUGAGACGCACAAAAUGGUUCUUUCCUCCCAA